AUGGGUUGGAAAUCACGGUUCCCGCCCCCUAAGCACCUCGGUGGGCGACAGCUCGAAUUUGGAUCUCAGAUAGCCAAGUUAUUGGAUCAUGCUAAGAUUCCCUACGUGGCCUGCGGAGAUUUAAUGAACUUGCAUUACCAUAAUGAGGGCAUUGCGACUGCAUGUGAUAUUUGCUUCGUGGUUCCAGACGAUCGUCUGGAUGCCACUAUACGAGCGUUGCGAGUUGCUGGUUUAUCCGAGGAUCCUUGUACUGCUGGUGACAUUGGUUGCUGCUGGGCUAAAAUCCCAAUUGAAUACCCUUAUCCGUUCCCGUGGCCUGCCAAACACUUCCAUCGCUAUGUUAAGGGAGGAUUCGACGAGAAAGUAACCAGGUGCUACUCUGUCGGUUUGCUUCGGAAGUCCCAGUGGCUCUGGCUCAUGCCCGAUCUUCCCCUUGAAUUUCCGGAGCCCAAUGACCCUAAUUUCAUUCUCUCUACAGACCGCCGUCUUCCUGAUUGGGAUAUGGAUGGUUUCGGCAACUCCUUCUAUCCCAUAAAGCUGCUCACUCCGGCGCGUUGGAUAGAGUCAUUGUUUAGCCUGCAUAUCAGAGAUUUGAGUGUAGAUCAACACUUUGACGAACCCUGGUACCAUUAUGUUGUGGAGUUCCAUGAACGACUUGCAAGACUACUUCCUCCGGAACUUUUUCAUAUUGACCUCAUUCAACAACCUUUUCGCACCUUAUAUAUAGAGGAAGCGGACUGGCGUAGCGAAUUGGACUACAAGCACUUGUUGAUGGACAGGUUGUGGAAAGAAUGGCAGGAAGCUGGUUCUAUGCCAGACCCCAUUUGCCCGUUCAAUAUCGAAAGGUAUAAGAAGAAUGUCAAGGAGAACAGAAAUGUGUGGUUAAUGCAAGAAUGGAUUGAUGAGAUCAUGUCCAGUUAA